AUGAGUAAUUUGAUAUUAAAAUUAAGGUGUAAGGAACAUAAAAAAAAUAAAAUAAUCGGUAAGUGUGAUAAUAGUUCCUGUUCAAAAGAUCCUCUUUUUUGCAUAGACUGUCUGGCAUGCGAUCAUCAUUAGAAUCACUUAGAAGACACCACCAACUUUGGAGAUCUUGAACUUAUACUAAAGGAACUAAUACUAUAAUGGUCAAUUAAAAAUAGAAUUACAAACAGUUUGAACUCAAAAAGUGAAAUUUCAGAAGUAUAAUUAGAUGAAGAAAUUAAUUAAUAAAAUGUAAUAAGCAAUCCAAUUUAAUGCAUAGAAUCAAAUGAUUUGCAGCUGAAGUUAUAAAAAGAUUAAUUGUUAGAAUUAUAAAAUUAAGAAAAAAUAAUUUAAGAAAAGAGAGAAUGUGGUUAAUGUCAUUAGUUUUAAGAAUUAUCCCAAUAUGUGAAUGGUGAAAAAGGUGGAGUUUGCAAUAACUGUUUAGACUAGAAAUGUUCAACGUGUUAACAAUACUUUAAUGAUCCUUUGGAGAAGAUUGAAAACGAAAAUUAUUGUAAAGAAUGUUUAAAGUGCCAUGAAUGCAAUAGGUUUAAGCCAAAAAAAUUGGUAGGAUCAUUUUUUUUUCAUGAAGAUUCUUUAAAGAUAUCAUAGAAUUCAGCACUUAAAAAAGAAAUGAUUGCUUACAUAUAGAAAUAUUUUGCUACCAGAUAAUAAAAAGCUGAUAAUAAUGAAAAAACAAUAUUUUUUCAAGCUUAACCAUAUCCUUGUUUAGAUUUAUAAGAUUACUCAGGAUAUAUAAUUGGGUAUAAUCAUCCAAUUAUUAAAAAUAAAAUAGAAAUUGAUGUAAAAGCAAUUACAAUAACACAAGAAUAGGCUGAUAAAUAUUUAAUUGAAGAUUUAGAUUAAUUUGAAAGAGAGCUAUAUCAAUUUUAUUUAAGAAAGGGCAGAAAAUCAGAUGAUAUUCCAGAAAAUAUCAGAAUGCUAUAGCUUUUUAUUCUAUUCAUUUUUAAAGAUUUCAAUCUUGUUUUGAAUUUAGUUAAUUAAUCAACUUAUAACCAUCACUUUACUGAAAUUUCUAAAUACUAAUAUCUGAAAACUCAGUAAAUUCUAAAAGGUAGGGUUGAAAAGGCAUUAGAUUUCUUUAAUGAUCGUUUUCAUAAAACAGAUGGAAGCAUUAGAGAUAAAACACUAAUUAAUUAGAUUAGGAAAGUUUUACCCACCUACAAAAGAAACUGAGUAUUAUUCUAAUUUUUUGAUAUACAAC